AUGCUUCAAUAUAAAAAAAGGGACCUGAGCAAGAAGGUGGCCCUCGCACUCGAUAUCGACGGUGUCCUCAAGCACGGCGAUACGGUCCUUCCAGGCGCAAAAGACGCAAUACGCCGCCUGGUAGAAAAAAGAGUCCCCUUUAUCCUCCUCACGAAUGGAGGAGGCGUCUCGGAAGAAGAUCGCGCCAAGAAGCUCUCUAAACAGCUCGAAGCUGUCAUCAGUCCCAAAUCGCUUAUCCUCGGCCGAACGCCAAUGAAGGCUCUUGCUCAGAAGCACGCCGACGACCCUAUCCUUGUCACUGGCACAAAUGGAGGCCAUAGCAAGAUACUGAAGGACUACGGCUUCCAAAAGGUGUACACAGUCGCCGAAGUUCAGCAGUGGAACGAAAGGAUAUUCCCGUUCAGCAAGCUGAGGAAAGAACAGUGCACGAACUCGCUGUCGAUCAACGGUGAAGACAUCGUGUUCAAAGCUUUCUUUUUCUUGCAAGAGUCCGAUGACUGGGGUAGGGAUAUGCAGUACGCCAUAGAUGUCAUGAGCCCGCCCUACGGCUCCAUUGUCGCAGGCAAGCCAAAGGCCGGAUCUGCCGAGGAGCCAUUGCACGAGAAAGACCGCCCCAAGCUCUACUACGCCUCGGCAGACCUCCUCACGCCCACGGAAGGUAUUUCGCGUCCUCGACUGGGUAUGGGUGCCAUCAAGCUCAGCCUGGAGAGCAUCUACGACAAGCUCUUCUACCCAAGUACAGGACAGCGACUCGAAGAGAUGACGGUCACCUACGGCAAGCCUUCGAAAAUGACGUACGAGUAUGCAAGUCAAGUGUUCGAGAGGGAGCACGGUGUAAAGAAAGACGAAUACACUAUCUGGAUGAUUGGCGACAAUCCGGACGUCGACAUUAAGGGCGCCAACAGAGCUGGUUGGAAGUCGGCCCUGGUGAAGACGGGUGUUUACCAAAAGAACGAGAUGCCCACAGAGGAACCGACACUGUUCGUCGACAAUGUUCUGGAGGCUGUGGACAAGAUUCUCGCUCUUCACUCAGUCGCUUAGUCUUCUCUUACGAUUCAUUUGUUACCUUCUGUUCUGUGGCAGUCCUUUGGUGGUAG